GCCCAACCCAAUGGAGACCAGCUGGAAACGGGGAGAUUAAAGAGCGUCCACGUUAAUCAACAUCCGGUGGUUUACUGAAUAUUUUUUUUCAUUUUGAGCGUUUCAACUUGCCUUUAGUGUCAAUUGCCUUCUUGUGCUAAUGUCGGUAUAUUUUCAACCUGCUGAGCCGCAUCAUCCCCCACCGCAGGGUUUGCCGUCAGUCGUGGCUAAAAGGGGCAAGAGCAAGUCAGUCGUGUGGAACUGUUACGGCUUCACAGUUUUGGAUGAAGAGCAAACCACUCCCCACAGCAAAGUCUGUCUGAAGGCGGUAUCAACCCGUCCACAUGGAACAUAAACGAAGUUUUAAAUCCACGCCAUUAGAUGGAGCUUGUUCACCGUCCAUGUUCCACCGAUACUUAAAGCAGCCAUUGCCUACGUAAUUAUCAUGUGACACGUCAACACAAAAAUACUUUUGAAUCGUCAAUGAAUCGCCCCAGCCCUAGCAUGGCGUAUUUUAAGGUGUGUUGUCUUCCUCUCUGUGGGCGAAGACAAAUGACCAGACGGAGUUAUAGCGUCACAUUAUGUGUGUAUUUUCUGUUAGAUAGGAUGCAAAGGGGAAAAUAUUUUAAUGUAAGGUCUGAAAAAAUAAGACUGCAUUCAGAGCUGCCGGCACCAUAACGAAAACAACUGUCUCUGAUCUGAUUUAGCAAAAGGAAACACAAAUCAGAUUUUCUGUUUGGCUUCAUUCGACUGUGAUUCAUUCUCAGUUUGGUUGCAGGCCAGGGUCCAUUAUUGAAGCUGUCCUGUUUCUGUCAGAUUGAGGCAGAAAUUUCUUCUUAAGUGUUUAAACUGCAUGGAUGUUACAGCCCUAAAAUGUUAAAGCCCUGCUGUAAAAAGUAUUACUUUCAGUUGGUCGGUGGACGGAGAGUUGUUAAAGGCUUUGCUGUCAAUAUCACACUCAUCAGUUUGCGUACAUGGUGCAGCAGCUGGAUGCUACCGGCAAGAAAUGAUCGUGGCAGGUUUACACUAACUUGUGUGGCCUAAAACGAAGAUACUGUUGACUCCUCUUUGUUUGGCUAGUCUUGGUUAGUUUCAGUAUACUGCCACAACAGUGAAAGAGCGUUAAAACUCUAGUGAGAGGUUUCCAAGAUCGCACUGCUUUCAAGUAGACAAGCAGUACCCUGUUGAACAGGUACCCCAUGGCUGGCGCACUGAAUACCACUGUGACUGCCGCAUCAUCUACCCAGCAUCCCAUGUCUCACUCGUUCAGUUUAGUUUGCAGUUGAAGCAUCAGCGAUGUGCUUGUAUUUGUCCUUGCAGUUAUUUUGCAGAAAAAAAAACAACACUUAAGUCUCUCCAAGCUGUUAAACUUGUCUAGCACCGUAUCCUACUCAGCAAUGUAAACAAACACAGCCCGUUCAUUCCCAGGCAUGCAUUUUCAGCCAUGCAGUCUUGUUUUAGAUUUAAUGAGAGCCGUUAUGCGUUUUGAAGAUAGUUUGCCUAGCACUUGGUACGUUCCUCCCGAUGAAAUUAACCAUAAACUGUAAAUUGACGCAGAGAAAAAUCGAGUCAAACAAUCAGAAUUUUGGCUGACUCAGCACGCAUCAACCAAUAAGCCGACCAGCUGACUAGGACUUUACAGCUCUAAUUUAUUGUUACUAAACAAUCAUUGUAACCAUGAGUGAGGUGAGCCUUUUCUUGGCUGCUAAACCUCCAUUACUUAUCAGGUUGGUGUAUGAAUGUGUAGGGAAUCGAAUUAUUUAUAAGAGCGCCAAUCCCUGAGAAAGCUCGGUGUUGCGGUUUUCCAAAAAUAGACAUCGUCAAGCUUAAUGCAGACAGUAUACCGCGGUGCGCGGUACAUCCACCAGCACUACCUGAAUGUGUUUGGCUGUGUGUUACUGACAGUUGACCUCAGAUAAGGUAAAACAAUGUUUUAGAGCUUUGUGAAUGUAAAAAAAUCACUGAUAAAAAGGCACUUUUGUGCAACUCUAAUUUUUUUUAAUUCAAGAGAUUCUUUAAUAAAUCAUUGAAGUGAAUACUAAUUAGAUAAGUUUUCUAUUUUAACUUUGGUUCCAUUGUUAUAUCAAUUGGGUAAUAAAAAAUAAUCAUUAGAAUAACAAAUGUCAAUUGAUUAGUCGACUAAUCUGAGAGAUGACAGUAAGAUUUAUCGAUAAAAAAAUAAUCAUUAGGUCAGAGUUCCUACACAGUUGGAUUUUCCAUAUAUUUUCAUUCCCUACUUUUAGAAUUAUUUCUGGAAAUUCCUGUUUUGCUAUUUUAGAAAGCAGUGUUGUUUUUACUGUUUCAUACUUUUCGGUACUUUCCAUACUUGAGUAGAAACCCUGUUAGGUGAACUCCUCCAGCACACACUUCACUCUCCUGCAGUGUUUCCUGUCUACACUGGUUGAUCAUUUCCCUGUAAUCUAAUGCUUGGCUUCUCAUCUCCGGUGGCACUCAGCUAUGUGUGUGUGUGUGUGUGUGUGUGUGUGUGUGUGUGUGUGUGUGUGUGUGUGUGUGUGUGUGUGUGUGUGCCAGGGCUGUAUUUUCAAAGGACAGGACAUCAGCAACGCACAGACAAUGACAGCAACAUGUGACUUAAACUUGAUAAAACUCACAAAAGUCAUAUGUAGAGAGAGAGAUGGGGUGUUUUAAAGUUAGUGUACCAUUAGUGUGUGUAGGUGAGCGAUCGGGCUUGUAUGUUUUACAUGUAACACAAGGUCAAAGGUUUGACCUGUAGAAGCAAAUGAGGUUCAAGUGUGUGUUCAUAAGGGGUUUGUGAAAGAAGUCGAAGCACGGAUUUGAGUUUUCAUGUAGCUGUGUGCAUCUACAAACCAACUUUUCAAACACCACUGAGAAAGAGCAACUGAGAGUGAAGAGUCUGAAGUAUUCGCUCAUGAAUCACCGAGUGCUGAGGUAUCCAUGUGGACACCCAGUGACUCAACCUCUGAGGAGUGCAGUUGGAGAGAGAGAGUCACAAGGCCUUUGAAAGAAGCAAUAUUGAUUACGGCGGAAGUGAACUAUAAGGACAGGUGUUACAGAUCAUCAUAGCACCACUAUUACAGCAGCGUUUCCAUUACAUUUUUUCGCAAAAUAAAAGCGAUGUUUAUCAAAUUUCGACAAAGUACAAUUGCGAUUUGCGGGUGUUUCCAUUGAAUGGUGUUCAGUGCAUAAGCGAGCCGUCUGCCUCUCGCGAGCCGUGUUUAAAUGGCCGUUGCCUAGCAACGAGGUAAACUUCCUGCCCGUGCGACCUCGUAUUCCUUAAGCCUUUUUGCACACCGACAUGGACGAGACACAAAACAUUUUUCGUUUUGGAGCAGCUAUUUCUGUGACCAUUACUGCUGUUGCCGCUGCUGUCAUCAGAAGACGAAGGCAGCGGGUGAUAAUUCAAAGGCAAAGCUCGUAUGUAUGGAAGCGGACACGGAUGAGCGAUUUCUGGGAGAGGAUCGUUAAUGAGGAAUUCACAGACGAAUUGUGGAUUCAAAACUUCAGAAAAAUACAAAUACAAUUCAAAACUUCAGAAAUAAGUCCGUCUCCUCCCCCGUCCACAUAUACCGUGCCAUCUACGCUUGAAAUGAACUGGUCACUUGACCCGCUACGUCACGUCCGGUGACAGAGAAUUGCGAGAAAAGUGUUUCCAUGACACUUUUGCGAUAUACUUCUAUAUCGACACGUCUGAAAAACCACCUCAUGAGAGCGUAAAAACUUUUUAGCGAUAUUUGGGAGGUUUUUCGAAAUGUAGGUGUUUCCAUUACCAGUUUUCUAUUGCGAUAUUUACGUUUUGCGCAAAUCUAUGGGUAAUGGAAACGCAGCAGUGCAGGUGGAUUCAAAAUAUCAGAAAUAGACCACAAAAGAAGUGCUGGGUAAAUGCUUCAAGAGAACCAGCCAACCAAAUGUCAUUGGUUUUGAAGAUAUUAGGGCAACAAGUCUUGCAGAAUACAGCAUAAUCAUUGGGUGGAGCUGACUUGACUGAUAGUUGGAUAGACUGUACAGGUUUGCCGGGUGGUGAAAGCCGACCUCAGCCCCAACUUUUUCCUGUUAGUGGGCAGACCAAAAGCAGGUUUGAGUUAACAUGACUGAUGUGGAGACAGUCUUUGUUUAUCUUCAGUACUCCUCUAAGAAACCAGACAGGUUAUACACAGUCCACGGUUUUAUUAAUAACCUACACCGUCUCUUCACAAGAGCCCUCUCUCACUUCUACCUUCUGGAAAUACUAAGUUGAUGUUGAGACAGCAGUCACCAAAUAAAGAGCUUCCUCCACCCAUAUGAAGAACCAGUAGGACUUAGUUAUGUACCCAAUCCUACAAGACAAUCUUCUAAGUCUUAUUCUAUCAACACUAAGGCUGCACGAUAUUGGAAAAAAAUAAUAUUGCGAUUUUUUCAACCCUGCGAUAUAUAUUGCGAUAUUAAAAAUACAGUAUUUUCACCAGAUGACCUGAAUAGCACUUAAUGUUAUGCUGCACUGCUGAAAUCUUGAGGACAGUUAAUCUGCUCUGAUCUUACCUCUUUUUGUGAAUGUUAGCAGAACGGCUUCUGUCUGUCUCAGAGAUAUUUUUAGCUUUUAUUGUGCUGGGACGUUAUUGUGGCAACAGAUGAACACAGAACACGUGUUUUGGUCGACAUCAUCCUUCUUUUAACCGAAAUAAUUCCAGAUAAAUGACUUUCCUUUUCUUUUUGGCAACAAAUCUUAAUUUCGGUGGUUUUCGCUUGUUCGUUGUUCAUUUUGCGAUCGUUGUUGUUGUUGUUAGCGGUGCUGUACCGAGAAACGCAUGUCCUCCGAGAAUUGCAUGCACCUCGCAAAACGCGCACUGCUUAUAGUAGAGUGGUCCACGGAAAUGUACAAUUUAAAACCCAUACAGUUCUUAUUUAUUGGGCUAAACAGUCAUGAGUAAAGUUCCGAAAGUAAUUCUCAGCGGACACACGUCUCCCUCCAUGUGCAGAACAUGUGCAGGGGUGGGUUUUCUCCUCCCUGAUUUUGAUUUACAGCUGGCAGGGUAGUCUGAUUGGCAGCUGAGAAGUGAGUCUGAUUGGCAACUGAGUUAAGGACGAAGGCGAUUGGUGGAUCGCUGCACAGCACAUGCAGAGUCACAUGGAGUGUAUCUCAGUCUGUUACCCUUGAAAUUAAAUGAGUUCAUUCACCUCCAAUAUCGCACAGACGUACAUCGCGAUGACGAUAGUCAAACGAUAUAUCGUUCAGGCCUAAUCAACACCCAACAGCACAAGUUCAUCUGUCUGUAACAAUCUUUUAUUGCCAAUUCUGGGACAGUUUUGAAGGCUCUACCAAACUUCUUUGAGAGUUGAACAGCUGUCUAUGAACACUGAAGCACCUCUGUGGAGAACAAUAACCAGCCUCUGCUGUCACUGAGUCUGCACACCACACAGAUCACUCUCGACUUCCACUUUACUUUCCAAAAACAUGCUCUAAUCCUCUGUCCUCCAGCUGAAGGACACUUGGAUGGUGUCUCAAACCACUGGGCCUUUCCCCCCUCGCCCUGUCGCAGCCAAACCUGAAUGAUGGGUUUGAGGUUACGGAGCAGCUGACAGUGGGCUGCGACCCUGGAAGUUCUGCUCUUUUGAAAAAGAUGGCUGGACGCACGGCCCAAAAGAAAGGUUAUGAGAACAUAUUAACGACUGACCCAAUAAUACCAUCCACCUCAUUCAACCACAAUUGCUUCCUGGCUUCCUCCUCUCUGGCAUAUCCUCCAACCAGGUCCUCCACACUCUGCCUGAGCCUGGGAAUAAAUAGUCCUGGCUCAUAUUUCACAAUGUAAUCAAAACACUGGGCUUUGUGGGAGCGCCCAGAGGAUAGCAGGCUGGCAGAGCGGUGGAACAGAGAGGAGGAGGAGGACUUGGACUUGGACUUGGACGUGGGGAAGAAACAGGGAAGGGGGAUUAGGCUUCAGUUUACGUAACCAAGGUCAGCUGGAGGAAAAACACAACAAUCCUUGGCACAGAGAAAAAACAGUGAGAGAAGAAGGGAGGAGGUCUGGCAGAGGGAGGGAAAUAUGAACACAAACAGAUAAAAGUGGCAGCAGGGAGGCCUUCGCUUGCGUGGCCUCGGCUUCUGGUCCAGCGUGGGGAGGAGUAAUUGGGAGCAGCCGCUGACACUUUAAAUAGCAGCUGAAUGUGGUGGGAUGCGGUUUAGAGGGGAAGUGGACUUGACACCAUAGGAGGAAACUCAAAUCCCAUGAGCCAUUGUGUAAUUCAGACGAAUUGAGGGAAAUAGUCAAAGGGAUUUGAUCAUCCUCAACAUGAAUUUAGCAUUUCUGGUGCAAAAUAUCAGAAAAAUAUCAGCAUGAUGAUGAAAGUUAUGCUUAGAGAGGUUGUUUAGUUUCCUACCUAUAAGAGCUCAGCACUGGGACCCUUCCAAUCCUAAUCCCUCCAGGACCCCCAUGAGGAUUUGUCCAAACCUGCAGGAAGACAAGUCAAGAGCAUUUUUAAAACUUUUUUUCAUAAAAGCCAAAAAAGCCUUUUACCCAAUUCAAUAAAGUGUCUGUUAGGAACCACAAUGUGUUGACAGAUGAUGUUAGCGUAAGUCUGGCUGUGAUACUCUCCUCUACAGAGUGAGCUAAAACCAUUUGCAACGCCUGUCAUGUCCUCUUAAUUCACGCUAUGCAGGUGAGGACUCCUUUUCUUUAUACGAGGCAGCAAAGACAACAAAGAUCUCACUGAACACGGACAGAGAACAGCAGCCACAAGUCUCCUUUAUUGAGGAGAGAGUCUGGCACACUAUGAAACAGGACCUGUUUGUGGUACUUCCUAAAGCUACUGUUGGGGAAAAAAAAGAUUACUCUCCUCUUCAAACGGGAAAAUCACAAAAUUCUUAAAAACCAAUAAAGCAUAGGAGGGUUGAGGAUAUGGUCCAAUUCUGCAAACUCAACAAAAGUCCAUGUAUUUUUUUAUUUUCCAAACUUGAAUGAAACAAACUUGGCCAAGUCCUCAUCAAUACAGGUAGAACCAAACCAGUCACCAGUCUCACCAUUUAAGAUCCGGGUGCGAUAGCUAAGUCCCUGGUUUCAGAGAUCUGAUCUGGUUUGCCCCUCACCGUAUGCAAUCUUGCAAGACUUGGACAUUGAAGAUUUAAACUAAAUGGGUUUCAUGUUAGCUUAAUAGCUUGCGAGGUAGCGAUAGUUUGCUCACAGCAUCAAAAUUUUAACCAACAAAACACAGUCUGUCUACGUUUUGGAAGUUAGAGGGAUAAUUUGAGGAUUAUUUGGGGGUUUUAGGCAACUUUUUGUUCAUCUACAUUUACGAUUUUUACUGUAUAAUUUGAUUACUGUUUUUUCUGACACAUAAAAUCUCUAGAGAAUCUUCAUGUGAUUGUAUAUAUCCUUGGAAUCUGACGCUGUGAUUUAACUCUAGCCAACUCAAAGCAGAAAAGGACAAAGUGUUGAGCACUAUGAAGAGUUCUGCUCCACAUCCCAUUGUUCACCCCUUUGCUGAAAAAAAAAGCCCCAUGGGCCUCGUUCUGGAAAACAGUUACGAUGAAAUAAACCCGUCUUGGCCACAGCAGUGUUAUUCCCUCGCCACAGGAGAUCCAAAUGACAGUCAUUGUCCAGGAAUGCUGCCUUAACAUGGAUGAAACUGGGUCAGACCUGGAGUUCUUCCAAUCCACCCACAAAGCUUUUAAAAAAAUGUGGUUUGAAACUGCAGGGCCCUCCGCUCACUGAUCCCACAUUUCCUACCUCUGUCCCCAUCUCUGGGAUGUGUUGGGUCUUGUUUUACCGCAGAUCCCUCAGGUGAAAAUCUGGCUCGGAUGCAAAAUCUAACUUGUUCUUGUUUUAUCUUUGGGCCAGACUGUUUUCCGGGGUGAGGCUUGAGCUGAGCUGCAUGAAGACAAGUUUGAAGCUGAAAGUGCAAAGAGCAGUUUAGUGGAACUGUGGGCAAAGAUUGAUGGGCUGAUAGGAUUGACAUGACAGGAACAGGAAGAAUGGCGUUUUUUUUCCCACUCAUGUUUGUUCACCUCAGUGGGUUUCCUUUUAGUGGAUUAAAGUCGACUUUUAUCACACAAUGGUUCAUCAGAUUGAGCAAAGAGAGGAGGACCCUGAAAGCCUGGAGCACCUUUCCGUCGACUGUGUCGCACUCAGCUCUCUGACACUUAAUGAAGUAAAGCUCUGUUUUUUCAGCCAAAGGCUCUUCUGCCGCCAAACCAAAUGUCUUAUGUAAGAGCACAUAAAAGGGGUGGACUCGGACCUGGAUACUUUUAAGCCUCAAUGGUCGAACUGGGAAAUUUGGCAAAAAAAUGAUCUCAAUAUAUUUGACAUUUCGUCUGAUCUUGAUUAUUUCACGAAGUGCCAGUUUUAAAGCAUCUGUACUAAAAACUAAAAAAACUACAGAUUAUUUUAACAUUCUAUUAACAAAACAAAGAAAAUUGAAUAAGAUAAACUUAAACUAAGAAAAAAUAUAUAAAAACUAGUGAACUAGUUUACAGUGUUUUUGCAAGUAUAGAGAGACCUAAACAUACAUAAACAAAUCGCCCCCUCAGGGAUUAUGAAGACGCUUUAAAAUGUGAACAUUAGAUGAUGUAAACGUCGAUGAUACGACUGAUUGCUGCUUUGGCUUUGGUGGCUGCACUGCUAGUUGUGGCUAAACUGCUAAUGCUACUUGUGCCGUCAGCAGUGGCAGACUGUGCAGACAUCGCUCACGUUUUCAUGCUUUCCACUUGAUCACUCAGGAAGUACUUCUCCAAAUAAACAGAUCUGUUGUGUUGCUGGUUUGUGAGGGCACCGACCGCCGACAUACCUUGCAGUUCGACUUAAUUGCUCAACGUCAAUUUGGAGAUAUUCGAACCACCGCCACACAACUGACGUUAAAUAACUUUUCAUCUCAACAGUAACAUCUUUGGAGGAUGACUCAAAGUCAUGGCUGACAUCUUUUUUGCUGUCCUCAGCUCCGCGUUUAGCUCCACGUUCGGUCAUUCUGUUUACUUAACAGGUGUUGUGCCGUAGAAUGCACCCCUGCAGUAGAAUGCACCCCCGACGGGAGCGCGGUUGAAAGUACUUAACAAGGCGAAAAUAAUCGAAGUUUUCCUUACCAUUGGAUGAAUUCAUAAGCAUGUGCCUUUAAUAAUUUCAUUCAGGCUAUUCAGAUAAGCCGAAAAAAUAUCCCUCUGAUUUGGAAUAUUUGCUGUCCCGAAAAUAUAAUGUUCGCUAGCUUGACAGCUUACUGUACAGUUUAAAUACGCAAGCACACCUCCGUAUGUGCAUUUUUGAGACACAUAAAAACAGAACGAAAGUUGUCACGAUCAAAUACUCGUAUUUUUUAAAAUAUGAGAUAAUUUUCUUCCACUUUAAGAAGCUAACGAGUGGAUGGGAUGCAGGGGGUGCAUUCUACUGCAUAACACCGGCAACUUCCAGAAGUGAGCAGGACAAGCUUGACUCUGAUUGGCUGUUAUCAGGCACAUUUCCGCUCUGUUUGAUUGAGUAAAUACGCUCACAGCUGGUUACUGUGAUCGAACUGAAAUUUAUCACGAUCAUAUAAUCGCGCAGUCCUACUCAAUGGCUCCAACUGUGCCCACUCAUAAAGGACAGUACCAAAUUCAGCCAGCUUGUCGUUGUGAGGGCAUGUACCGUGACUCAACUGGUGACACGGCUUGUUUGCUGGACCUUCUAAUGCUCUUGCAGAGGAACAUCACACCCAGAAGUCCUUUCACAACACAUCCACAGCUCAAAACACAGCAACAUUCUGACACUGACUUCAGGGAGUUGACUCAGAUCAGGUCAGAUUUAACAUGGGGGGAAAAAAUUGCUCCUGCUACAGCACAGCUCAGGCAGAGAAGUAUUUUCUGUAAAAAGGAAACAUGUCCUUUCAAAGCAGCACAAACUGGGUUCCUGUGAGAAAAACCAGCUUUUUAGACGCCCAAUUUCCAGUCCGGUCCCAAGGUAAGUGUGAGUGACUUGGUGGUGAACUUUGGUCCAAAUCUUUGCACCAUAAUGUUCCUUUUUUAUUUAGUUUUUCCACUUUGUUGGUUCAGAGGAGCUUAAACAAGUAAAUAUCCCAAACGCAUGAAAUAAAAAAAAUCUGUCUCCUCACAGGAGGAAAUGACACAGCACCACCAAAACCAACAGUGCCACCAUUCCUGAGGUUGUGAAGCUGUCGGCCUUAAAACUAGCCUUGACAGUGUGCCUUGGACUGCAGCCGCUCUGUAAUUAAGUACGAGAAAUUUUGGCUUUUUCCCUCUCUGUUCUUUGGAAAAUAUAUACAGGGUCUAAAUACAACUCCUGCCCUGCCCUCUAGAGCUCCUGGCACAAGGCUGAGGACAUCCUGCUUUUUCCUCCAUCCACAUCUGUUCAUUCAACCUCAGGAUGAAUGAAGGAUAAACCAACAAUUCCCACCAGAAAUAAGCCAGAUGAAGUAGCCUUUGUGAGAAACUGGAACUAUAUAUGUAUCCUGGCUAAGUCAGUAAAUGGUUAGUGAAACUGGAAUUCCUCGGCCUGCCUCAGCAGAGGGAUUAAUCUUUCAACUUUGUAGUGAGCUAACGAGAGGCAGGGUGUUUCUCUGGAAACCUUAAUGAGGGAGAGGAUGAGCGUUUCCCAGCGACAGCUUGGUCUGAAACUCUAAUUGUGUUCUUCUGCUGAACAUGACACGCAGUGAGCUGUCUCUAUAGCCGAUUCAUUCGUUUACUGUGUGUUUUCUAAUGCCAUUCAAAAAAGGGAUAAACCCAUCAUCGUAAUCUGACAACACAGUGUACCAAAUUCCCCCGACUCUUAUUAGUCAUGAUUGAUUUUUAAAGUCUGCAGGGAAACGCACAGCAGUCAUCAACUUUCCUCGUCAGCCAGCUUUAAUUACCAGCGUUCCUCUGUCCAUCCUCCCUGUCUGUGGCUUUGACUUAGUAAUAAUAAUCAUAAAUAAUAGGGCUGAAACGAUUCCUCGAGUACCUUGAUUACAAAAAAAUGAUUGAAGAAUUUUCUCUGUCUUGAGUACUCAUUUAAACUGUUUAACACGGAUUAUUUUCAAGGUGACACAACGCACUUCCGUCACCACGGCAGAAGCAGAAGUAAGCGCGGUUUUGGUUUUGAGGAGCUCAUUAGCACUUCUCCUCUGAGUCGUGGGCGGAGACAGCGCUGCUCUGCAUAUUCCUCUUCAUGCUAGCUUGCAGCCUAACAUUGCCAGAGUAGUAGCAGAAGCGGGUGAUAUACAAGGAAAUCAAUUGAUUGUUCAUUAUUAAGUUAAAUGUCUUAUAUUCUCUUGAAUAUUAAUAACUGCACUUUGACUAAAACAAAUAAUAUUUUAUCCGAUUACUCGAUUAGUCGGUGGAACAUUCAGUAUAAUACUAAAAUAUUUGAUAGCUGCAGCCCUAACAAUAAGUUUAACUUCCAAACACUCAACAUGAUUCUCAUCAAAACUUCACUCUUAAAGGGAUAUUCCGGCGUAAAAUUAAUUUAGGGUCAAACACACCAUAAAACCAAGUUAGACACACCAACCUAGGUAAAGGCCGCACAAUAGCAAUACACAACGGUCUACGUC